AUGGCGGAACGCACCGCCAGCGGCUGCGGAACAUCCUUGAGGGGGAUGCGGGAACGCAUGGUUGCGGCAGCUCAUGCCAUUGCUCAAGAAAGACGCAAUCAGAGUGGAUUUAGCUCCCUUCCACCCCAAUCCUCAAAUACAAAAUCAGCAUUUAAACCAGUGAUAGAUGGAUCGGUACUUAAAAAUGAUAUAAAACAAAAAUUAGCUAAGGAGCGCAGAGAAGAAAGAAGAAGACAAGAAGAUGCUACAAAAGAAAUACAACUACUUGAAAAAGAAAGAAAGUCCAAGAUCCAGUAUGAAAAACAGAUGGAAGAAAAACAACGAAAGCUGCGAGAACAAAAACAGAAAGAUGAACAGCGAAGAAUAUCUGCUGAAGAAAAAAGAAAACAAAAAUUAGAAGAAGAAAGGGAGAAAUUCAAAGCUGUUGUCUCUCGUACAUUGGAGAGGAGCAAUCGUAUUGAACAACGUCAAAAAAGAUGGUCAUGGGAAGGCUCUACGACAGUGAACUCUGAAAGUAAAACAGUCAAGAAACGGUCUAUAUCUACUGAAAAGCUAGAACAGGAUACUUCUGGAUCACACCAACAAAUGACACCGUCAUCUCCUGGUCUUCAGAAUUCUAUUUCUAAAAGCAUCCACAGCCUUGUAGUACAGUCUAUAGACAUGCCCUUGCUUAGCCAUAGCAAUGAUGAAUUGAAGAAUACCAUGGUACUUUGCAAAUCAACAGUGGCAGUACCUCUUCAAGAGAAAGCAGAAACACCCCUCAAGGUGAGCCUGGAAGCACCCGCUGAGUUGAGUGUGGAAGCAGCACCCAAGGGGAGUAUGAAUGCAGCCCCAGAGGUGAGUGUGGAAGUACACCCUGAGGCGAGUGUGGAAGCACCAUUCAAGGUGAGCAUGGAAGCAGCUCCUGAAGUGAUCAUGGGAGCAUUCCCUGAGAUGAGUGUGGAGCCACUUCUUGAGAGCUUGGAGGCAUCACCUGAGGGAAGCGAGGACAUGUCCCUCAUGAGUGUGGAUCCAUCUCCUGAGGUGAGCAUGGACUCGUCCUCUGAAGCGAGCUUGGACUCAUACCCAGAAGUGAGCAUGGAAACAACAUCCGAGGCUCGCCUGGACGUGUUCCACAAGGGGAACAUGGAAAUGAUUCCCGAGGAAAGCUUAGAAACAGUCCUUGAAGAGAACAUGGAAGUGCCCCUUAAGGCCAGUGUGAAAUCAUCCUCCGAGUCCAAGUCAUGCCCUGAGGUGAACUUGAGAGACACUCCCCAGAAAUCAAACCUUGUAAAUAAGAAGCGCACAUCGACACAUUCACCAUUGUCUAAAUGGCCAUCUUCUACAAACGUGUGGGAUUCACCCUCUCCCAUAAGUGCUAAUAGGCAAAUACAAAAGAAUUGCCUGCCGUCCAUUUCACCAUUUGUGUCAAAACAAUCAGCACAGUCUUCUGUUUCCUCUAAAAUAAUUCCUGCUCAACAUACCCCACGUACACAAAAUAUAGCAGGUAAUAUAAGAAGGAAAAAGAAAAAGGCUUCUAAAAAAAACACUAAAAGCUCUGAGGCUGUGACCCAAAAGCAUAUGACUUAUGACGAAUCUGGUAAUAAAAGCACACAAGGGAUUAUGAAUGCUGAGGAGGCAACAAAAAUUUUGACAGCGAAACGACGCCUUGCUCGUGAACACAAAGAAAAAGAAGAAAAACUACAAAAAGAAAUGGACCAAAGGAAAGAGAAAAAAGUGACAAAGAAAGCAUUUGAAGGCCAAGAAAUGUUCUCAAAAUUUGACCAUGGACAGCAACAAAAGGAAAUAAAAAAGAAGGAAGGACUUCAAGAUCAGGAAAACCAGCGAGAGUUAUUACAGAAAGGGGACGCCAAAAUAAAAGCUAAGGAGGAAGCCGACAAAUGCAAGAAGGAGCAGGAAAAAAUUAUGUUACAGAAUUUACAAGAAAGAUUAGAAAGAAAAAAGAGAAUUGAGGAAAUUAUGAAGCGGACAAGAAAGACCAAUUUGGACACCUCAAAGGAUUUACAAACAUCCAGCAGUGACACAUACGAGGAUCAUGAGGCAGAUGAUGAGGAUGAGCCCGAAAGUGAUGAUGCAAAUUCUCCUGAUGACUUGCAUCCAUUAGCCUUUACAAAUGGCAUGAAUUCAUCCAGAAAACUCAAGAAAAGUUUUAGAAAUGUGAAGAGCGCCCCCAGGCUGCAGUCUUUAGAAGUCAAUUCUGACAAAGUCUAUACAAAGACAAGAUCAUCUUUAAAAAGUGACAUAAAAAACGUCAGACAAAAAGUGAAAGACCCUUUGGCUCAGGCCAAGGGUAUCAGGAUGUCUAUCCAAAGAAUGACCAACCAAGUAACAAAAACCGAAAAGAUAGUCGAAACCAGCAACCCCAUGGUACCAUCAGAAAGUUUACAUCCAGUGUCACAGGAAUGUGUGUGUGACCAGAUACUAGAUAGCACUCACAAGAUUGAUCCACUCAUUUCUAGUAACCUUCCUGAUAGCCAAAAACACCAUCCGAAAGGUUCCACAACAUUCUACCAAAGUCCCCAGACAAAAAUAGAAAAAUCUGAUUCUGCUUGA